AUGCUUUUAAGUCAGAUUGCAACCCAAUUUGACCCCUUGGGACUUGUCUGCCCUGUAACUUUAAAGGCAAAAUUGAUGUUGAGGCGUCUUGUCUGUCCAGAGGGUGAUGAAGAUGCAAAAUACGGUUGGGAUGAUGCAGUGUUGCCACAGAUUAGAAGUGAAUGGCUGGAUUAUUUCCAGAUGAUGUUUGAGUUAGAAACUCUAUGGUUUCCCAGAUGUGUUAGGGAAGCUGACCACGUUGGUAACCCUACAUUGGUCAUAUUUUCAGACGGGUCUACUAUAGCAUAUGGAGCUUGUGCUUACGUUAGAUGGGAAUAUCGUACAGGAAUGUUUAGCUCUAGACUUUUGAUGGCUAAGUCUAAACUUGCCCCGCUCAAGCAGUUAUCAGUCCCUCGAAUUGAACUUUGUGGAGCCCUACUUGCAGCUCGGAUGAGAGAGACCAUCACAAAGGAACUUAACUAUAACUUUGAAUCUGUAAUACAUAUUGUUGACUCUGCUAUUGUCCGGGCUCAGAUUCAGAAGGAGAGUUUCGGGUUUGGUACUUUUACAGCUACGAAAAUUGCCGAGAUUCAAAGUAAAACUAAUCCCGAGGAAUGGUGGUGGAUACCUAGGAAAGACAAUCCGGCGGACAUGACCACCAAACCUGCUAAACCUGUUGAUCUUGCUGAAGGAUCCAUUUGGCAAAUGGGGCCCGCCUUCCUGUCUCUCCCUAUCAGCAUGUGGCCUAUAAGGAAAGACCCUGUCUCGGAAUUACCUGAUAAAGUGGGCAUCUUCAUUUCUCACGCUGAUGCUGAUGUUACUACCACAGGUCUUUGCAAAUUGUUUGAUAUUUCUCGGUUCAAUAGCCAUGAGAAACUGAUAAGGGUUACCAGUCGUGUCAUACGGGCGAUCAGAUCCCGAUCUCUUAGAGAAUCACUUUUAACUCCAACUGUAGAAGAUCUUGCGAUCGCUGAAAUGUUGUGGGUGAAGGAAGUUCAAUCUGAACUUGAUCCUGAUUGGGAAACUAAGUACCGUAGGUUAGGGCCUACCAGAAAUGAAGCUGGGGUGAUUGUUGUCGGUCAGCGUAUCCCUAAAUGGUUAAAGAAUAACUAUGAUCAGGACGGAUUUAUUUUGCUUUCUCCUGAUCAUGACUUUACUAAGUUGUAUGUGGAAUCUAUGCAUCGUCUGGACCAUGCUGGCAUUGAAGUAACUUUAGCCAAGAUUCAAUCCAAGUUUUGGGUACCAAAGGUCCGGAACAUGAUCAAAUCUGUGAGGUACAAAUGCAUCACCUGUCGCAAACUGAGGAAAGAAAUAGUUGGUCAACUUAUGGGACAGCUGCCAGAAGAACGCCUCAAACCAUCUCCUCCGUUUACCUACACUGCCCUAGAUUUGUACGGCCCCUUUUAG